AUGGGUAAUAAAAUCAGCGACGAGGUUUACCCAGUUAACGUCAAUCGAGCAUUAGUACAAGAAGCUGUAGACAUGCUAUUCAUUGAGAAAGAUCCCACUAAAUUGAUACGUACACGAGCAGUCAUCGUUGUGUACGAUGGCGCAUUAAUUGCCGAACGAUAUGGCACCGGUUAUUCCCGAUCAACGAAAUUUUUAGGUUGGAGUAUGACAAAGAGUAUUAUCAGUGCAUUAGUCGGCAUCCUCGUCAAAGACAACAAACUGAAUAUUGAUACACCUGCACCAGUACCGGAAUGGAAUAAUACUGAUGAUCCUCGACAUUCAAUCACAAUCAAACAUUUGCUGCAACAAAAUAGUGGCUUAGAUUUUGUCGAAGAUUAUUAUUCAAAUAGUGAUGUUACUCAAAUGUUAUUCAACACCGGCGAUAUGGCUGCAUUUGCUGCUUCACAUGCACUAAAACAUAAACCAGGAACGUAUUGUUACUAUACUAGCGGAAAUACAAAUAUACUAUCGCGCAUUAUUCGACAUACUGUUGGCGAACAGGACUAUCAUUCAUUUCCCUAUCGGGCUCUGUUUCAUAAACUUGGCAUGAACAAUAUGACGAUGGAAGUUGAUGCAUCGGGCUUUUAUAACAAUGAACAGAUUUUAUCAGAAGAAUGGGUUAAACAAUCAGCAACAUUAGGAGGUUCUAAUCUUCACGGUGAAUACGGUUAUCAAUUUUGGCUAAACACAGGAAAGGAGAAUGAUCCAUCCACACGGCGCUUACCCGAUGUACCAACAGAUAUGUUUUUUGCCAGUGGUUUUGAUGGUCAAGCAGUAUUUAUUAUUCCAUCGAAGAAGUUAGUUGUUGUUCGAUUAGGCUUGACAAAAACACCCGAUGAAGAGUAUGGUGCUAAUAAUUUUUUGAAAACGAUCAUAGAUGCAAUUAGUUAA